GCAGCACAUUCGGGUUAUCUGAUGCAAUACAAUUUAGUCCUUUCAAACCUAACUGCACUGUUUACGCUGCACGCGACUCGACACAAUUAGAACACUCCCAUUAUAAUGAGCGACAUCCUCGCGCGUUCGCGUUCCGGACAGCUUCGUUGAUUCAGGGCGCGUUCUUGUUUUGUCGCGUCGCUCGCUAGUAGUAUAGAAUGUGUUUUACAGCCAGUUGGCUCAUGUGUGGAUAGCAUUAGCCUGUUAGCUUACACCAAAAUCAUAUAAACGAGACGCACGGUGCGCCAGGAUUUAAGAGACCCUGCGGCUUGUUAUUGUCUUGUUAAAAUGACUGUUAUUGCUUUAUUACAUGACAUUGGCAACGAAUUCUGUUGUAGAGAUCUUUCUGGAAUGACUAAUAGAGAGGAAACGCAUGCUAGCUAGCUCUAUGUAGUGUGAAAGGCUGUUGGGUGUACGAGCAGGUUUAAUUCAGCGGAAAGAGGUGAUAUCAGACAAUAGUCAAAUGAAAAGCGUCUUAUCAUGUAGUCAUCAUGCAGAUUAUGCAAUCAGUUGAACACAGCAGGCCUCUCUAUGCUGAGCAGUGAAGGCUCGUAGAGUGGCAUUCCUGUCAUCUGCCAAAAAACUGUAGCUACAAUAAUUCAAAUGCCAAAUUUGGGAAGAAUUGACAUUGGUGUAUUGAUGAUCAGAUGAUGAAUUGAGAUGAAGUUACUGAAAAUAAUAGAAACUAGUCUUAAGUCUUGGGCCUCAUAAAACAAAUAAUAACUAUUUUCUCUGGAUGGUCUUUAGAAGUGUCACAGGAAGUAGUUGAUCUAAAAUGGGAGACGAUCGACCUUUUGUCUGCACUGCUCCAGGCUGUGGACAGAGGUUCACCAAUGAGGACCAUUUGGCAGUGCAUAAACAUAAACAUGAGAUGACACUGAAGUUUGGACAAGCCAGAACAGACACAGUUAUCAUAGCAGAUCAGACACCCACUCCCACCCGUUUUCUUAAGAAUUGUGAGGAGGUGGGUUUGUUUAGUGAGCUGGCUGGCUCCUUUGAACAAGAUCUUCGCAAAACACAAGAGGUAGAGGAGAGGAGAAUUAAGGGCAAGCUUCCAGCGCUGCAGACGCCUACUGAGGUCAAAGAGAGGGAAGGGCCUCUUGAGAUAGACUCGUCCCCUCUGGACAGCCCGGACUCCGCCUCCAGCAUGACAAACAGCAAAGAUGCAGUUGCUAUGGCAAAGGACCCUGUUGCCAUGAGGAAGAUGAAGGAUUUUCCACCAAGGACUGCAGCAAGUUCCACCCCUACGCCGACCAUAGUGCGACCAGGCUCACUACCACUUCACCAAGGAUUUGAAUCUAUGAACCCUACUCAGCCCUCACCCACCUCUGUUAUCACAAGGACCCCUCCCUCAAACAGACUAAGCUCACCGUCUGGUUCUUUUCCUAUGCUGAUGCAGCUACCAAAUGGUCAGGCUGUUCCACUACUGCCCAGUCCAGGGCAGACUUCGGUCAUAUCACUUGCCAGAUCGUCAAACACAGUGCCCAAUAUCCCAGGGAUUCCAGGCCCUCCUAUUUGUGGAAGCAGCAGUGGCUCCUCCUCUCCGUCUGGAUACAGUACACACUCUGAGGCCAAGACGGUAUCCCCUGCUCCACCAAAAGGUGGACGCAGACGUCGGGGAGCAGAUAUAGAGCCAGAUGAGCGCAGGCGCCGCUUUCUUGAAAGAAACAGAGCAGCUGCCUCACGUUGUCGGCAGAAACGGAAAGUGUGGGUCAGUGCCCUAGAGAAACGUGCUGAAGAAUUAGCCACUUCUAACGUCAACCUCACUAGUGAAGUGUCCCUAUUGAGGACUGAGGUGACACGACUGAAAGAGCUGCUUUUGGCCCAUAAGGACUGCCCUGUAACUACAAUGCAGAAAAAAGCAUACCUUGCUGCAGGAGUGGAUGAGAAUUCAGCGUCGGCGCUGGUUAUGCCUGUUUCUGUACCGGCGCCAGUGUCUGUUAAUGGUCUGAGUGUACGUGCUGCAGAAGCUGUUGCCGUUUUAGCAGGAAUGGGCUCUGGUCAAUGGAGUAACACAGCAAGAGAUGCUUCCUCCCAAUCACAGUCCACAUCCAGAUGAUGAGCAUGUCCUUCAGCCAAUAGGAACUAAACAUACUGUCAAUGAGUCAUUCAAAGGAGUGAAUUCCCAUACAUUUCCCCUCAAAACUGUCAGUCACAAGGUGUUUAUUAAUGCCUCUCAAGUGACAAAUGGGAACAAAUAUUACCACGCCUUGACCACACCCUGCUCACCAAUAGCCAAUCACAAACUGUCCCUUGGCUGAGUGGCAAAACAGCAUUGCCUGUCAUAGGAUGCCACUCUCAGACUGCACAGACUUGGAAGCACUGAAGUGAAAGUCUGCUCUUCUGUCUUCUCUAUAAGAUAUACACUUGGAUAUACACUCUCAGUAAUGCAUUCAGUUGAUAUUUUGUCUUGUUUGCAGAUCUUUUUUCAUUUGGCAUCUUUUUCAAUUGUUUUUCUAAUAUAAUGAUUCAUUGCAUGAUUCUGGCCACAUUAGAAAGAUGAUUACUUCACUAUGCAGAUAAGUUUUAACACCUUCUCACUCUCUCUUGCUAUUGCUGUUGCUAUCUCACACAUACUCGCUCUCGCUGUUUCUCUCAUUUCUUGCAAUGUCCCUCUCUUCCUUUCUGUCAAGGGCGUAGAUUUGGCUUGAACAUUGGGGGGUUGCAGCGUGAAGUAUCUACAUGGUAUUGAUCAUGGCAUAAAUAUUGGGGGGGGGGGUUGCACUUGUUGUUUUGGUUUUUGGGGGUUUACCUCCCCCCAUCCCCCCUGGAAACUACGCCCCUGCUUUCUGUCCUAAUUUUAUUGUUGUAUCUAUAGUAAUUUUCUCUGGUCCGUUCUUCUGUGGCUGUUAAUGUGAAGAUCCCGUCUCACAUUAGCGUAACCUGGCACCACAGAAUGGACUUGAGAAAGCUUAAGAAUGGAGAGAGUAAUAUAUUUUUAUAUAUGAAUAUCGUUAUCAGUUUGUCUGCAUUUUGCAAUCUAUAUAUGGAUGUAACGGGUUGCGUAACCACGUGGAUGUGUUUUAGAUCAGUAUGAUUAUGAUAUGCUCUGCUGAAGUAUAGUUAUCUUUAACCAAAAUACAACAGUCCUUUUACGUUAGAGGUUAGACCCCAAAGUUUAAGUGUUUCUGGUCUGAUAGGAGGGAACACGCACACACAAACACUCUCGUGCGUAAUGACUGUUGUGCUUGCGUUUUGUGAAUGUAUAGUAGUUAACUAAUGAAUGUGACAUCCCAUUUCAAAGUGUUUGAAAAUGCUUUUAAGCGACAUUGGGUCUUAGAAAGGCAUUAUACAAAUCAAACAUUAUUAUUAUUUCUUUUCUGGGUCUGAAAGACUCUUGGCACCCCUGAGUGAAUUUAAACUCUUGCACAUAACUAACCCAUAACUUAAGUUGUAGCUAUUAAAUAGUUCACAGAUAGUCUUAUGUAGUAGCUGAGUAAACCUGACUGCAGAGUAAACCCUACCUAUCAAAUGCUUUUAAAUCAUAUAAUCUGCAUUAGUUUAAGCCUGCCUUUUAACCUAACCUCUUCAAACAUGUUUUUUUUUUUUUUUUUUUUUAAA